CCACGCCCUUCCGGAAACAUAAUGCUGACGCCGGACCUUUUCGUUCGUAUCGGAAACCGUUUCCCAUGCAAUGAAACCCACGGCCCGGAGGCCGGACAGGGGCCGCCAGGAUGACGCCGAGAUGGAUCUCUCCCCUUAUCGUUCAUCAGCCCUAUUCGCAUUUUUCUUCCCUUCCCAUUGAGGUGCCAGAACUAUUUAUCCUUCGAUUCAUCCAGGUUGGCUAGAUUCGGAUUUGCCAAGUUAGACGAAAAUCUCAUCGCCUUCACAAAGACUCCGGUACUUACUGUCUGAGUUUAUAUCUCCAUCUUUCCAAGGUCCACAGUUGAUCCAUCCCACGACUAUCGAUUCAUCGAUCCGCCGACAACCAUGUCAAGACAAGACCAUCCCGCGUCUCCGACAGACUCCCAAAUGACCUUCGCAGAGCCCCAGGCACCGACGGCAUUAUUCAAAGAGGAUCCGGGCCCAACGGACCACUCCUCCGACCACCCGUCGACGAUCCAGCAGUCCGAUCCCGAAAAGAGCGCCGGCGCCCCUACACCGGCCGGGGGUACGAAGCCGUCGUAUCCCGGAAGCGAUGCGCCCGACGGCGGCGUUGUGGCUUGGCUCGUCGUGCUCGGCGCGUGGUGUACAUCCUUCUGCAGUUUCGGAUGGGUAAACAGCGUGGGGGCUUUCCAGGAGUACUACCAGAACGACCUGCUGAGGAACUACUCGCCCAGCACCAUAUCAUGGAUCCCCUCUCUCCAGAUCUUCUUCAUGAUGGCCCUGGGCCCCGUCAUCGGACAACUGUACGACAACUAUGGCCCGCGCUGGCUGAUCCUCGUCGGCACGUUCCUCCACGUCUUCGGCCUCAUGAUGACGUCUCUCUCGACGCAGUACUGGCAGAUCCUCCUCGCCCAGGGCGUCUGCUCCGCCGUCGGCGUCGCGGCCAUCUUCCAGCCCGCCCUCAACACUAUCCACGGCUGGUUCAACGUCAACCGCGGCGCCGCCUUCGGCCUGCUGUCCACCGGCUCCAGCAUCGGCGGCAUCGUCUUCCCCAUCAUGGUCACGCGGCUCAUCAAGUCCGUCGGGUACGGCUGGGCGAUGCGCAUCUGCGCCUUCAUGAUCCUCGGCCUGCUCAUCGUCGCCAACCUCACCGUCAAGUCGCUGCACCCGCCGCGCCCGCAAAAGGUCACCCGGGAGCAGCUCCUCCGCCCUUUCAAGGAGUUCGAGUUCGUCUGCGUCGUCAUUGGCUUCUUCCUCUUCACCUACGGCAUCUUCGUCCCCAUCAACUACAUCCAGGUGCAGGCGCUCGAGGCUGGCAUGGACCCGGAUCUGGCGCAGUACCUCGUCGCCAUUCUCAACGCCGGCAGCCUCUUUGGGCGCAUCGCCUCGGGCAUCCUGGGCGACCGCAUCGGCAAGUACAACAUCUUCGUCGUGGUGUGCUACCUGACCUCGAUCUGGAUGUUGGCCCUCUGGAUCCCCGCCAACACGGACGGCGCGCUCAUCGCCUUCGCCGUGCUCUUCGGCUUCUGCUCCGGCGCCUACGUGUCGCUCAUCGCGCCGCUCGUGGCACAGAUCUCGCCGUUCCAGGAGAUCGGCUUCCGGACGGGCAUCACGUUCUUCACCAACUCGAUCGGCGGCCUGACGACGAACCCGAUCAACGGCGCGAUCCUGGCUGGGCCUAGUGGUUGGAUCGGCAUCAAGGUCUUUUCCGGAGUUUUCUGCCUUGCGGGGACGACGUUCAUUCUCGCGGCGAGAAUUCACCGGACUGGUUGGAAGUUGGCUGCUGCAUUUUGAGUGUUUCUAUAGAAUUAUCAGAAGUUGGCGUCUAAUGGGCCAGCUGCGUAU